AGCACAGCCAAAACUAAGCUGCUUCAGAAAAGUCAACUCUUUUAUUUCCAUGCAAGUUGCGUCGAGAAUUGGGACUCCCCCAAGCCCACGGAGACGUUCAUCACCAAGAUAAGUCAAAAUGAUAUCCUAAGUCCUAAACCCAUUAAGCCUAUCGGUCACGAGAAGGUUAGUCCCCGCGUGGUAAUGUCUUCAUUGUUUGCCCUUCUUCCGCAUCGCCAUGUAGAUCUCGAUGAACACCUCUAA